CACAAGUGCCACUUUCUUUCUUUUCCUUUUUAUGUUGACCUUUAAUGAGAAAAACAAUUUUGAUUUGUUUGGCAGCUCUGGAUCAUGUACUGUGUGAUGUCUGACCUUGAUGAUCAUCAUCCUUAAUCUACUGUAAAUGUAGAAGCUGUCAAGGAUCAAAUAUUGACUCCAGCCAUCCUCGUGAAUGUAAUGCACAUACAGUUUGACGUCAAUGAAGUCAUUUAAGUACCAAAAUACAGCAAGUAUGAGUGAAGCAGGUUCGGCCCUCAAGCAAGUUAAACACCUCAUUGUCCAAAGGACAAGUGGCUGAAAAUUCUUAAUAUCAAACCCUGAGAAAUACACCUGAAUGGGAUUUUAUUUUCUCAGAUAAUUAUAUUUCUCAUGGGUCUCUGAUUAGAGAUCCAAGUACCAAGCCAGGUUACCUUAACAUUCCGUCUGUAUUUAGUUUUAUUUAAUCGAGGUACAUUUUCAAUUAUUAUAUAAGCAACUCCAUACAGGAUGUCUGAAAGGAUAGUCAGCUUACUCGUAUAUAGGAAUAGAUUACCAUAAAAAGAGACUGAAUGACUCUAAAAGUGAUCCUUAAACUACUCCUAGAGUUUGCAUUCAGUGUCCAAGUGUGAUUUGUGCUUGCAACAUUCAGUGAAGGGUGGUUACUUAUUAAGGCAAGGCCAAACACAUCUGUUGACAGCAGGUAUGUCAGUGACCACUAAGUCAAUGCCUCACUGACUAUGAUGAUGUCAUCACCUGCAGUGCUGGGAAGUUCUGGUCAAGUAUGACUCCCUGCAUGUGGCUGGGGAUUAUCCCAGCAGUGAUGAGGUGAAGAGGAGGGAUGUACCAUGGACAGGCUGGUAGAAACGCUAGAACAAUCAUGCACAUUAUGUAUAACCUGACAAGAAUGUUAAUGGACCGUGGGAGGAAACGGAAGUACCCAGAGCAAAGCUACACAGGUUUUGCAACACUGGCUAUAAAACUAAAGUCAGACGCCGUCUCAUUAUGGAAAAGAUCACCAGUAACUUCAGCGUCCACAACCAGUCAGAAGUGUUCAUGACCAUCUUCAACUCCAGCUGUCGCUUUGAUGAGGAGUUCAAAUACAUCCUGCUUCCUGUGUCCUACGGUGUGGUGUUUGUGGUUGGCUUCAUACUCAACGCUACAGCUUUGUGGUUGUUCCUAAAGAUGCGUCCGUGGAAACCCAGCACGGUGUACAUGUUCCAUCUCGCCUUGUCGGACUUCUUGUACGUACUCUCCCUGCCCACUCUCAUCUACUACUAUGCCAACCGCAGUCACUGGCCUUUUGGUGUGGCUGCCUGCAAAAUCAUCCGCUUCCUCUUUUACGCCAACCUCUACUGCAGCAUCCUGUUCCUGACCUGCAUCAGUGUGCAUCGUUAUCUUGGUGUCUGCCACCCCAUUAAGACGAUGACCUUGGUGAAGUCUCAUCACGCCCAUGUGGUGUGUGCUAUGGUAUGGGGCGUGGUGACGGUGUGCCUGGUACCCAAUCUCAUCUUUGUCACAACCUCCAGGAGGGACAAUGACACCCUGUGCCAUGACACAACUCACCAGGAGGCCUUCGAGGAGUAUGUGGACUACAGCUCUGUCGUCAUGGUUCUUCUCUUUGGCAUACCGUUCUUGGUCAUAGUGGUGUGCUACUGUCUGAUGGCGCGGGCCUUGUGUCGCCCCAGACGAGGACUAUCCGCCAGUCAGCAGGGCAGAGGCUCGCGUCAGAAGUCCAUCAAGCUCAUCGUUGUGGUGCUGGUGGUGUUCGCGGUGAGCUUCGUACCAUUUCACAUCACACGGACCCUCUACUACACCGCCCGUGUUCUGGAUCUCAACUGCCAUGUCCUCAACGUUGUCAACUUUACAUACAAGAUCACCAGGCCGCUGGCAAGCAUCAACAGCUGCAUUGAUCCCAUUCUGUAUUUCCUGGCUGGGGAUCACUACCGCUCCAAACUGAUGUCCGCCCUGUCGAGAAGAAGACAGCAGACAACCAGCCAAACACCCGAACCGGCGCAAACAAAAUCUGGCAACAACUGCAGCAUGGGUUUAGUCGAUAAGAAAUCAGCCCUCAAAGCCAGUGUAGAGACAGAGCGAUAGCAGGAGAUUUCAGGCACUUUUUUCAUGCGGGAUUUGGACAACAAGAAGUUUUUGUAAACAAUUCUUUCAGUGAACAUUUAUGUGAAAGGUUUCAUUUCUCUUCACCAUUUUCAUAUUUCUAUAUUUUCGAGGGGAUUUUAGGGUGGUUCUAUAUGAAAGUGUGAGUUCCCUUUUCCUGUGUAUGGUGCUACAUCACAAGGGGUUUAUUACACAAAACUAUAUGUGAUAAUAGACAGUAUUAUAUUAAUGUAUAUAGUUUGUCUUUAUGAGAAAAUACUAGAUGCCAGGUUCUUGGCUAAAAGUCAGUGCCACAUGCAGUCACACAUGGAUGAAAGAAUAUGUGACUGUCAUGUAAGAUAUCUAAAUCCACAUGUGACGGAGCAUGCCUUUGUAUCGCAUGAAAAUAUGGGGAUUGUGGGCUUGUUGUCCCAGCUAUAAGACUCUGGUGAGGCAAUCCUUCCUGUUUUAUGAGCAGUGUUUCUGUGUUACUUGGAAACUGCAGCUACAACUGCUAUAGUUCUAGAUCCGAGUCCAGCUGUUUUUGUCCUUCAACACUCACAGCAGUCUUUUUUCAACCAAUGAGAGAGAGAGAGAGAGAAAAAGACGGUUCAACCGUCUGCGUGUUUUUAAACCACCCACACAUUACCUGGGGGACAAUUGAUUUUCCUAUCCCUUUCCUUUUACCUUUGGGAGUCAUACAUGGAAUGUAAAGUUCAUGACAUUCAUCAUCUAGCGUUAACUCCUCAUGAGUUUUCCCUGAGCUGAAAUCAGUUUUGAAAUGAUUUUUUUACUGAAUGAUAUGGAGGCCUCCACCCUUGUUUUUAAAGUGGAUAUAUGAAUACUGGGUCACAUGUUUAUUCCCAUGACUGAAAGCAUGAGCACUGUCUUUGAGGUUGUUUUUGUAAGUGCAAUUUGAUAUGUCUCAUUAAGUUUUACCGCAUGCAGUCAAGAUGUUAGGAGGUCAGUGUAUCUGCAACAAAGGGCCUCAUUUCUGUGUUGUCAAUGGAAAAAAGACAAUGAGUCCAAUCGAGUUUUAAUGUCUUUGUUAAGCUGUAAAAUGACACACAGGGAAUGUUCUUGACCGGCCAACCAAAAUAAAAACAGUUCUACAACAUAAUUAGACAUAACACAGAUGAUGUUGGGAAACUGAAAGCAGAUUGUGUGAAACAACGGUUAAACAUUUUUCAGUGGAAGCCUGUCGGCAGCUGCACAUGACUGCAAAAACAUGAGAGCAUGAGAAACAGCUAAAAAAUCUCUGGGCUAGAGGUGAGAAUGAUCCUGUUUUUCGUGUUUUCACUUCCAGUGUAAAAUGACACAGCACUGGAUGAGCAGCCUUCUUGAAGUAAUUACACUGCAAAUGAAAGGCUAAGGUUAAACCAGUCAGUGUUGCUGAUGCCCACAAAUCAUCCCAAAUCAGACAAAGGUGGGAUGACAUACAACAUGAAAAUUAAAGAAAAAAAAUCAAUUUCUUUUCAGAUGGUACAAAUCCAGGAGGUCCCUGGUUUCUUUUCCCCUCAAUCUCUUAAUUAAAUUUGUUAAUACAUGUUAAGGAUUCCACAUGAUGACGCAUUGUAAUGGUGAUUAGGCACGGACGGCGAUGGAUGGAAGUAUUCAUAAUACAUAUAUUUAAAAUACAUUUUCUAAAUGUAAAAAUAUACCAUGUAAUAUGUAUUUGUAUUUGAGCAAUGAAAGAAAUGUUUAAUAUUUUGUAUUAAAAUACUAAACCAUAUACAUAUGGAAAAAUACGCGUGCAGCCCCUGAAAUGUCAUCCAAGACUUGCCCAGACACGACAAUUAUUGUUGUAACUUACAACAUCAGUUUGUUCUAAUUGCUGGUGAAUAUAACUGAUCCCAGGUAUCUACUUUCUGAUCUUACAUUCAGCUUGAAUACAUCUAAUGGUCUCCUAGAAUCUUGCCAUAAUGUAGUCAGUGGGUUUCAUUCAUUUAUACAGUUCAUGAAUAAAUAAACAAACAAGGUUUUUGUUAGGGUUAUAUUUCUAUGGGGUUAGGGACACUACAUGUGUUUUUAGGUAUAAUUGAGGUUGCAUUGAUGUAUCAUGUCAAUUUAGGUGUUAAUAUUGAUACACAUUUCCCAUUUUGAGCACUUUUGCACUUGUAGCAUCUGGAAAGGACAAUCAAAUGCUACUUUGGUUAGGAAAUGAACGUUCCAGAUCUUUUUUGGGAAGAAACAGACACAGUGUGCUCCAGACUAAAGAUGAAAAAGACCAUGUUAUUAGCAGCAACUGCAAAAGAGAGGAUCUGUCAUAUGGUUUUGCAUUCUUGAAAAAUAUCAUUUAAACUUCUGUGAUGGCAUUGUUAAUACAGGGAACUAUGUUGAGAUUUUAGACCAAAGUGUGUACUGUCUUCAUUGCAUCUUUUCCUAGGGCUUUCUUUCAUUUUUUUCCCUGAUGAUGAUGACAACUGGGACAAAAUACCCUAGGAUGCAACAAAAACCCCAACAAAAUAACACUUCAUCGUCCAUUAAAUUAAGCUGCAAGGUAAAACGCAAAGUAAAUCUAAGAAAAGUUAUAACUUUUUUUCUGAUUUGGGGUUUUAGUAAAACUAUAAAACUUCAGUUGAAAUUAAAUUAUUUGCAUCAUGAAAUGUGUUACUGUCUCAGUUUAUAACGUGUAU